AUGGAGAUCGCAAACACAAAAUGGGUAGCUGCAGCGGCGAGCAUAUGGAUACAAAGCUUCAGCGGAGCAAGCUACACUUUUGGAAUCUAUUCUUCUCUUCUCAAAUCAUCUCAAUCUUACGACCAAUCUACCCUUGACACUGUCUCCGUCUGCAAAGACAUUGGUGCAAACGUAGGCAUCCUCUCUGGUCUUUUCUACACAGCCGUUGCAAGCGGCAGAAGCGGUAACGGUCGUUUUUUUAGUGGACCAUGGGUGGUUAUAUUUGUUGGCCUGCUUCAAUGGUUCUUGGGGUAUGGUUUCAUAUGGAUGGCUACAUCUGGUGUGAUUGAACGUCCUCCUGUGGCUGUGAUGUGUUUCUUCAUGUUCUUGGCCGGUCAUUGUCAGCCGUUCUUUAAUACGGCCAUUGUGGUCACUGCCGUACGUAACUUCUCCGACUAUGGUGGAACCGCCGUCGGUAUUAUGAAGGGUUAUCUCGGGCUAAGUGGAGCAGUUCUUGUUCAAAUGUACCACAUCUUUUGUGAAGGUGACCCGACGAAUUACCUUCUUCUCUUAGCCGUAGUACCAUCACUUCUCAUCUUGACGACAAUGCCCUUCGUUAGAACGUACGACACAGUCAUCGCUGGCGACAAGAAACACUUGAAUGGUCUCUCCACCAUCUCCUUGAUCAUCGUCACAUAUCUUAUGGUCGUAGUAUUGGUUGAAAAUAUAAUCGGAAUGUCAAUGGUCAUGAAGAUAUGCUCUUUCACUCUUUUAGUUUUCUUGCUGGCCUCUCCUCUCUUGGUCGCGGUUAGAGCACAUCGUGAAGAGAAACAUAGAUUCAUGUCUUUGGAUUUUCCGGUUACCGAGAAAACUACCUUGCUUGACGAUCCUAAGCUCAACCCUUCUCCCGAUGUUAAUGCUGACAUAUCAAAUGACAUGGACGUCCUCGAAGCAAUACGCACAACCAACUUCUGGCUGCUAUUCUCGGCGAUGUUAUGUGGAAUGGGUUCAGGGCUCGCGACAGUAAACAACAUCAGACAAGUGGGCGAGUCACUUAGCUACUCUACGGUUCAACUCAACUCUCUUGUCUCUCUUUGGAGCAUAUGGAACUUCCUAGGCCGGUUUGGGUCAGGUUACAUAUCAGACGCUUUUCUACAUAGUCAUGGCUGGCCAAGACCGGUUUUCAUGGCAAUCACUCUAGCCCUCAUGGCUAUAGGCCACGUUGUCAUGGCCUCCGGUUUACUAGGAAGCCUAUAUAUAGGUUCCUUAUUGGUUGGUUUAGCGUACGGCUCACAGUGGGCGCUCAUGCCAACUAUAACGUCUGAAAUAUUCGGGAUUCGUCAUAUGGGAACUAUAUUUUAUACAAUUUCGAUAGCUAGUCCUAUUGGUUCUUACUUUUUCUCAGUGAAGGUUAUGGGAUACUUGUACGACCAGGUAGCUUCUUUGGAUGAUCAUUCUUGUUAUGGGAAUCAUUGUUUUAGUACUUCGUUUGUGAUAAUGGCGGUUAUGGCAAUGCUUGGGUCACUUGUUGCUUUUGUGUUGUUCCUACGUACAAAGAAGUUUUAUGCAACUCUUGUGGCCAAGAGGAUCUUGAAGUAA